CGAGGGCCCAGCCGCGAGCGCAGCAGCGGCCGGCUCGGUGCCGACAUGAGCUUCUUCGGGUUCGGGCAGAGCGUGGAGGUAGAGAUCCUGCUGAACGAUGCGGAGAGUAGGAAGCGGGCCGAGCACAAGACCGAGGACGGGAAGAAAGAGAAGUAUUUCCUCUUCUACGACGGAGAGACGGUCUCCGGGAAGGUGAGCCUCGCGCUCAAGAACCCUAACAAGCGGCUGGAGCACCAGGGAAUCAAGAUCGAGUUCAUCGGACAGAUCGAGCUCUACUAUGACCGUGGGAACCACCAUGAGUUUGUGUCCCUGGUGAAGGACUUGGCCCGUCCCGGAGAAAUCACUCAGUCGCAGGCCUUCGACUUUGAAUUCACCCAUGUGGAGAAGCCGUAUGAGUCCUACACAGGGCAGAAUGUGAAGCUACGGUACUUCCUGCGAGCCACCAUCAGCCGCCGCCUCAAUGAUGUUGUCAAAGAGAUGGACAUCGUCGUCCACACGCUCAGCACAUACCCAGAGCUGAACUCCUCCAUCAAGAUGGAGGUUGGGAUCGAGGACUGCCUGCACAUCGAAUUUGAGUACAAUAAAUCCAAAUACCAUUUGAAAGAUGUCAUUGUAGGGAAAAUAUACUUCCUGCUGGUGAGAAUCAAAAUCAAGCACAUGGAGAUAGACAUCAUCAAGCGGGAAACGACAGGCACGGGUCCCAAUGUAUACCAUGAGAACGACACGAUAGCCAAGUAUGAGAUCAUGGAUGGAGCACCAGUGAGAGGAGAAUCCAUCCCAAUCCGGCUCUUCCUGGCUGGGUAUGAGCUCACCCCAACCAUGCGCGACAUCAACAAGAAGUUCUCUGUGCGCUAUUACCUUAACCUGGUGCUGAUAGAUGAGGAGGAACGGCGCUAUUUCAAACAGCAGGAAGUGGUGCUGUGGCGGAAGGGUGACAUCGUACGGAAGAGCAUGUCCCACCAGGCAGCCAUCGCUUCACAGCGCUUCGAGGGCACAACCUCCCUGGGUGAGGUGCGGACCCCCAACCAGCUGUCUGACAACAACAGCAGGCAGUAGGCCCCUGGGGCCCAGAAGCUGCUGGGCUUGCACCCCAGCACCCCCGUCUACCAAACACCAGCGGCUUGGGGUCGGGGCAGACGGUAUGAUCCUCAACUGACCCGUUACUUGCAACCUGAAAACAAAUCAUGUUUUGACUUAAAUUCUUUUUUCUGAAGAACCUAAGGGGCUUGGGUUGGGAAGCAGUGUCCUUGGGGUUCUACGGCUGUUGUGGGAAUAGGGAGAGGUAGCACCUGGAAGCUAGUCCCUCUCUGGGAAAAGAGCCUUCUGUGGAGGCCUUCCAUGUGGGGCUGCCCUACAUCUGCUAGGCGAGCAGAGGGCAGGCAUCCUUGGUUCCUGGCUCUGAGCUUGGUACAGGAUCUGAGCACGUCCCUGGGAUUCCAAGCUGCCAACAGGGCCCUUGGUAUCCACGUCUUACACUCCCAUCUACUGUCCCUGAGGUAGUGGCAGAAGGAGUUGGGCCUGCCCCACCCUAAAUGGCAGGGGGGAGACUCAAGAUCAGGAAGCUACCUCUUUGGGAGUCUUGGAUGUGGUGCUUGAGAGGUUUCCACAAGCCACCUCCUUUCUGGCCUUUCUCUCACCGCUGGACCCAGUCAUCUCCCUUCUCUUCUCCAUCUUCUAUGGACUCUUGUCAGUAACAUUCUGGAACAGGAGCCUGUGGAAGGGCUUUUGGCUGAUUGUCCCCUCACCCAUGAGAAAUCCUGGGCACAGAGGCACCACAGGGUCAGUGUCACGCAUGGAUGGCGGCACGGCCGAACACAGGAGGCCACGCCAGGCCCGCUGAGGGGGAGGAUGGUGACCGCAUGGUGGCUGCCUGCCUUCACCACGUGGUCUUGGGGUAUUGCUCAGUGUGCCCCAGUGAGCCUAGACAAGGGCACCUGUUUUCUGUAGGAAGAGAUCCUGGGAAGGGCCUAGAUCUCUUUGCUCCCUAAGUGUGAUUCCUCAUCACUCCUUGUCUCCAUUUAAUUUCUACGAGUUGGGGCUUGGUUUCAAACCCUUGAGGGUUUUGUUUUUACUAUCGCGCAAGCCUUGUCGCUUCCUGCUUACCAGUUAAAGGAGGGAGGUGAGGGCCUUGGCAGAAGACUCAGCUACACAACUUGAGAAUAAGUCUGCCUGGCAAAUCAUGUCAUCUUCCAGUUCACUGACCAGAUCAGGACCAUGGGUGUUUGUUUAAAACCACAUAUAGAAAAACUUGUGGGUAUUGUCACGCUGGAGGAGAGGGGACUUUCCCUGUUGUGCUGUGCGAGGGCCUAUUGUAGUACAGGUAUUGACAUCCUUUUCUGCUUCAUCUGGAAAUGACCAGGAACUGCUCUCCUGUUGGCUUCACUUCCCUUCUAGAAGGUCCAGGAAGACCCCUCUGGCCAAUAACUACAAUAUUGGGCAGUCUGAGUUCUCUUUAAAUUUGAAAGCAGAGGGGUUGGUUCCUGUGUCAGCCUUUCAUUUGGGGACUCUUUUCCUCAGAAAGCAGUGCAGUCAUGGGCCUUUAGGCAGGGCUUACGGAUCAGACUGGGACUGGAGGGAAAGGCAUUUGGGAUGCCUGGAGACUGGCGGGGGACAGCAGAACCAAGGAAGCUAAGGCAGUUUCCCCAGGCUGGACCCCAGGUUCAGGUGCAGGGGACAGUCCCUACAGGCAGAGGAAGACCCAUCCAGCUGUCCCUGAAUUGUCAAGUUGGAGCUUAAGUGUAUGAGGGAGGCAGGUUCUGUGUUCUUUGCCUUCGUCGCAGCAUGGGGUUAGGCUCUGGUGUGCCUCCUGUAAUAGCCGGCAUUCUAACUAGAAAGCAUCUGUCAGUUCCUCUGCUCCCAACUGACAACACAUUUAUUUCUCAACUUUGCUAACAUCUCACUUAAACCUUUCUUCUGGGAGAACUACAAAAUAGAAUUUGCUUUUAUUCUCUCAGGAACUGUGCACAUGCCAGGUCUUCUGUUUUCUCUUACUCUGUCCCAUUCCCAAUCUUUUCUCUAACUGUGGAAGUGAGAGGAGGCUCCAUCCCCCUCCUUUAAAGGUCCCCAUACCUGGGAGUGCAUAGGUACUAAACAAGCAGUGCAACUUGUAAUUAAGCAGCUGCAGUGUUUACAUGUUUCUUAAUGUGUUGUCUUUUCAAUGGCUGUAUUUUAAAAAAAGAACACUUGUUUCAAUUGUCUGAUUAAAGGCAGCCCCUCGGUGGAGGCAUUGUGCCCUCGGUCCACCA